AUGGAAAAUUUGGAACAGGACGAUCAAGAGCAACUUUUCAUUCCCCCUCUCAACUUUGCCAUGGUAGCACCGGGCGUGUAUCGUUCGGGGUAUCCCAACAAGAAGAACUUUCCGUUCCUUAAGAAGAUGGGCCUCAAGUCCAUCCUCUACCUCUGCCCCGAGGCCUACCCCGACGAGAACUUGGAGUUCUUGGAGAAGUACGGCAUCAAGCUCCUUCACUUCGGUAUCAACGGAAACAAGGAACCGUUCGUGGAGAUCCCGCCCCACGUGAUCCGAAACGCACUGGUGGACUUGCUCGAUGUGCGCAACCAUCCGGUAAUGAUUCACUGCAACAAGGGAAAGCACAGGACGGGCUGUCUGGUGGGCUGCCUUCGCAAGUCACAGCAAUGGUCGCUCGCCUACAUAUUCGACGAAUACCGACGCUUUGCUGGGAGCAAGGUGCGAAUUCUGGAUCAGCAGUUCAUCGAGCUGUUCAACCUGGACAUCCCCUACGAGCCCAAGUACAAGCCCUCCUGGCUCUGA